AUGGCUUCCGACCUUCCGCCCGGCAUCGACAUAUGGAAGAUUCCGCUGCUGCCGCCCCCGCCGGGCGUCAUCCCCAACUUUGUCGACCCGCCGUCUCAGGCACACAUGCUUCGCAGCGGCAUGGGAUCUAUCCUCGGCAUCAUGCUCGUCUUUGUAGUCCUUCGCCUCUGGACUCGCAUUCGCCUCACUCGGUCCCUCGGGUGGGACGACUACCUCUGCAUUCUCGCCACGGCAUGCGUCUUUGCAUAUUCAGGGCUGGUCCUAUCCUUCAUUGGUAACCCCGAAGGCAAACAUGGCUGGGACAUUCCGCUCGGCGAGGUCCUUACCAACCACUACUGGCUCGAGGCCACAAUGGCCUCCGUCUGGGUCUAUUGUUGGGCGACUCUGUUUGUCAAGCUGACGCUGCUCGUGCUCUACCUGCGCAUCUUCCGGCCGAGCGCGUGGGGUCGUUGGCCAAUCUUGAUCACCAUCGGUCUCAUCUCGGGUUUCUACGUCGCCACCUUUGCCGGCUACGUGGGGAUAUGCGCCAAGGCCGGGUCGCCGCUCUGGCAGACGAUCCAGGACUUGAAGUGCGCCAACAACAGCCUGAAGAUAUCCAAGGCCCAAGGCUGGUUCGGCCUCUUCUCAGACUUGGCCGUCCUGAUCAUUCCGCUGCCCCUCGUAUGGCAGUUGUCCUUGACGAGCAAGCGCAAGAUCGGUGUCAUGGCAGUCUUCCUGACAGGUUUAGCGGCUUGCAUUGUCUCCGCCGUAGCCUUGGCCAAACGCUACAGUCUUGUCGAGGAGGGAGCCGACAGGACUUGGGAGAACUCGGUGCUGUUCCUCUAUUGCACACUUGAGCUCAGCAUCGGAAUUAUCUGCAGCUGCAUGCCCGUCAUGGCCGUCGUUCUCAAAGGCUUCAUGGCAGGCUUGAACCAGACUUGGAACUCGGUCAGAAACCUCGGCACCAGACUGCUCACGGGCAACAGGUCUCCCCCAGUCUCGGGGCAGGUGUCCAAGAUCCCCAGCCAGACGGGAUCCCACGAACAAGAACAAGAGCUGCCCGACGACAUGAUCCCUAGCGGGAACGUGACCGGGCUCCGGAGCUUCAUCCGCCGGCUCGGCCGCACCAACAACGACAAGACGGUCGCGAGCGACCACAUUGCCACCGUCGACACGGUCAACGGAACCGACGAGACGUACCACGUGCAGCUGAAGAAGAUGUACGACGUUGACAGCACGCCGCCGAGCCGCGGCGGCCAGAGCAGUCGGGGCACUGGCAAGAAUACGUCCGUGGCUUGA